GAGCCGCUGAGCUUCCUGUUCGUAGUGAACGAGUUCGUCGCCAACUUUGAGCCGCUCCCGGGCCAGGUCGCCCCGGCCACGGAUCAGUGGGGCAACAUGGUGCCGCCCGUGAACGCGGCGUCGUACGAGAGCGAGGAAGUCGGAAUCGUGUUCCGCUACUGCCAGGGCCUCGUGACCCCCGCGGCCGGCUACCGCUGGUACCGGCCGCGCAUGGGCGAGCCCGGCAGCAUUGCGCGCUACGACGCCGCUAACAACUUCGAGGGCUACCUGGUGGCGUACAAGACGCAGAGCGUGUUCGCGUGCUCGGCGCACCUGCCCAUCGUGGUGUCGAACGGCGACUCGUCGCUGGGCGCGUCGUUCAUCCGCCGCGGGUGCGCCUGCGACCACGCCUACGAUGUUGAGAGCAGCACCAACACGUCCUACACGGCGUGGAACCUGCUGCACUUCAGCAGCAGCCCCGACAUGGCCGGCGUGUCGCUGGCCAUGACGGACGGCACGGGCGCGCCCUUUGUCCCCGCCAGGGACCCCAGCUGGAUCCCCACGCUCGUCCCGCGCGUCUUCGAGAACACACGCGACGACCAGGGCAUCCCCCGCUCCCGCGGCCUCGCCGGUGAGAUGCCCCUCGUCAUCGCCCUGAUGGCCUUUCACGGCAGACGCAACCACGCCAGCGACGUCUUUAGCAACCAGUUCUGGCACUACAACCAGUGGCGCGGACCCAACAGCACACCCAGAUGUAGGUACACCCACCCCCUUUCCGAGAACAACCCGCGGGGCUUCGUCGUCAGCGUCUGCCUGGAUAUC